AUGUCCGCUAACGACGUGCUAGAUGUUCUCAAUGUUCAGCGUGACGACCUCACACAGCCAGCCAAAAAAAAGGCACGUUCGGAGGCUGCUCCGGCUCCAAAAUCGGGAAUUUCUCGUGAGUUGUACAAUCUCAUCGGAGCAAACACUCCGCCGAUUCUAGUAAACAUGGGAAACAACAGGAUGAAGGAUAGGAAACUGCGUGUUUCUCCAUGGACAAAGAUGCCUUUUGUUCCUAACGAAAGAGCUGGAAAGGCGCCUACUUUACACCAUUGGGAAAAAGGUGCGAAGGAGCUCUUGAUGGAGACCUCAAAAGAUAAACCGUACUAUUUCGACAAAUUUGUAGUUUCCGUCGACAUCCCGGAGAUGGUGGAUGAGGAGUUGUUCAAUCAAUUUAUGGUUGAAAUCAAAGAAAGACAGAAACAGAUGGCUCAGAAAUUCAAAACCUCUCUCCACAAUAAAGUCGAGGCCCAAAAGGCCAAUCCACUGGGCGCCAGUAGUGCGCUGACUGUGAAAAAAGAGGAUGCCCCUACUGUGGUCAAGGAGGAGCCAACUAAAGACGACAGCGUAAAAGAAGCGUCUGGAGAAACUCCCCUGGUAUCCUCAAACGGUAAGGAGCCUACUGAACUGGCCGACCAGCAAGAAACUGAGGCCGAAAAUAAGCCACUGGAAGCAAUUGACGCCAUGGAUGUCGAUGAAGAGGAAGCUUCUGGUCCUUUGCCAUGGACAUACGAAGAAACCAAGCUUCUUUUCGAAUUCUGUAAGAAUUUUGAGCUCAAAUGGUUUGUCAUCAAUGAUCGUUUCCCCCUGAAAUACGGCCGCAGUUUGGAAGACUUGAAAGAACAAUUUUACGCUAUGUGCCUCAUGAUCAUGACCCAUAAAUCUAUUGGAAAUCCUUCUCUCAUCGACUCUUUGAAGGCAUUCCUGAAGCCUGCAGAGAUAGAGCGCAAACAUUAUCUACUGAACUUGCUUAAACGUACCCCAUCCGAAAUUGCAGAGGAGUCCCUGCUUGUGAUUGAGGCUCGACGCUUUGAAAUUGCCGCAAAAAAGAUGCUCAUGGAAAGAGCAAACCUUCUUUCUCUUCUAGACCUGCCGCAGGCGGCCCUGUCUGUUCAACAAUACCAGUCUUCACAAGGUCUUGGAAAUUUGUACAGUCAGUUAAUGAUCAUGGACAAAAAUCAACGGAAAAAGAGCCAGCAGAAAGUUCUGCAAAUGGCUUCCGAUCCUGUUCCACCUCCAAUUCCUGUAGCAGCUUCAUCUCUGCACAAGCGGGACUUCCAGACACAUCUCCAGCAAUACUUGUCUGGAUACUUAAAGCAGCAACCCCAAAGGCCCGAGGACAGCGCCAUCCAACAAUUACUAUCAAAGAAACUCACAGCAAAAGAAGAAGAAGCUUACGGUCUCUUCUAUCAUGCAAACGAGCGCAUCAACCCCGGUGUCAUCCUUCGGUCCACUCAGAGACUAUCUGGUCUCCAGCAGAGGCAGUCUGUUUUCAGAGCUGUCAACAAUAUGUUGCAAGAACUUGAUAUUCCAACGGCGGGCGGUACAGCAUGGAAACCGAACAUGCCAACGAGAAAAACUAUGGCCAAGUACGAUGAGUUGACUAAAGCUGUUGUGGCUUUGUUGGAGGUAAAGAAAGUUAAAGACAAAUUGGAAGCAGAAAUCGAGCUCAUCAAAAGUCAAAGAGAAUUAAGAUAG